AUGGCGCUCUGGUUGACGGUGGUCAUUGCUCUCACCUGCCUUGGUGGCCUUGCCUCCCCAGGUCCCCUGCCUCCCUCUACAGCCCUCAAGGAGGUCAUUGAAGAGCUGAUCAAUAUCACCCAGAACCAGAAGGCACCCCUCUGCAAUGGCAGCAUGGUGUGGAGUGUCAACUGGACAGCUGGCAUGUACUGUGCAGCCCUGGAGUCCCUGCUCAACAUCUCCAGCUGCGGUGCCAUCCAGAAGACCCAGAGGAUGCUGAAAGGACUCUGCACUCACGCGGGCUCAGCCAGGGUUUCCAGCUUGCACACCCGAGACACCAAAAUUGAAGUGGACAAGUUUGUAAAGGACCUGCUCAGACAUUUAAGGAAAAUUUAUCACCACAAUUAG